UUCCCUUUUAUUUCCUGUUUUUCUGCUUGUGAUGCCAAAACAAAAACAAAUGUACCGAAACCAGCUUCCGGCGGCGAGGAGACGAACGAAGAAGGCUUUGUGAAAUCCAUCAUCUGUGAGAGUCACGCACGGAGAGGACACGCUGAUCUGCGCGGAAUACUGUCUGGACGCACGGCACGCGCACCGAGCUGGAUUACGCAUUUCAGCAGCUUUUGUUUUUUGUUUUUUAAAUGAUUAUUAAAUGAAAUAAUAAGCAGAGAUUGAGAUAGUCCGCCGACAGCAGAAAGAAAAUAAGGCAUCCAGCGCCAGAAGCACCUCGGAUAUUAAAAAUCAAGUCCGUGACACGCACUGUGGAGCACAAAUGGUUUUUCUGUGGGACCCCAAAUACGACCCUGCCCCUGGCCGUCGUUACACUCCUCCCUCCACCACCUUAGCCACGGCGGGGAAGAUGACUGAGGCCCUGCCCCUGGGCACUCAGGAGGUUGGAGGUGGGGCUGGUCUAGUGGGGAAACUGCGUAUGGCGGACCGUGGCAUGGUGGAGGUGAUCUCAGAUCAUCCAGGAGAGCUGGUGAAGACGGACAGCCCCAACUUUCUGUGCUCUGUUCUACCCACACACUGGAGGUGUAACAAGACUCUGCCUAUUGCUUUUAAGGUGGUUGCCCUCGGUGACAUCCCUGAUGGCACCUUAGUAACCGUGAUGGCUGGAAAUGACGAGAACUACUCUGCCGAGCUUCGCAACGCUACGGCUGCCAUCAAAAACCAAGUGGCCCGCUUCAAUGACCUACGCUUUGUUGGUCGCAGUGGGAGGGGGAAGAGUUUUACUCUGACCAUCACGGUUUUUACCAACCCUCCUCAGGUGGCCACAUACCAGAGGGCUAUUAAAAUUACCGUUGAUGGUCCACGGGAACCACGGCGUCAUCGUCAGAAGUUGGAUGAAGUGAAGCCUGGCUCUCUGGCUUUUUCCGAGAGGCUAACGGAACUCGAACAGCUGAGACGAAGUUCUAUGAGGGUGACGCCUCCUCAUCACCACCACCAUCACCAUCAGCCAUCCACCACCACCCGCCAGUCUGCUGCUCUGAACCCCGCCUCCUUCUCCAGUCAGACACACACUCAAAUCGCUGCCGAUGUAUGGGGUGGAGCUACAUAAGCCCCAUCCACGGUGAAGCUCCAGCCCAGAAGAAGAC